AUGUCUUCAAACAAUAACUCCAACAAAAAUAAAUUCCUUUUUAACAGCAACACUAAUAGUAAUGAUAACAAGCGAUAGUUUAAAUUUGCUCAAAAGUAGAUCAUUAAGGUUGUCAAGUAAACAAAUUAAUAGCAAUAAGAGCACGAGGAGAAGUUAAAAGCAGAAUUAUAGCAAGAGAAAUAAAGGGAGAAGGAAGUCAAACUUUAAAAUAAAAAAUAGUAAUUAAUGAUUAAGGAAAAGCAGCUAUAAGAUGAGUUAAUCAUUAAACUUCCAAAUGAAAUUAGUGAUAUUAUAUAAAACUUAAGUUAAGAUAGUAUAAUUGAAUUACCUAAUUAUAUCAUGAAUGCACAAUAAUAUGCAAGUAACUAAUAAGAUCUAGCAAUUUUGAGUUCUAAAUGGGCAGAGAUUAGAGUAUAAGUAGACAAAUUACUUUGCAUGAUUGACUCUGAAUAGUAUUGCCAGAAUUUGUAGCUAUCUUAUCAGAUUUAGAGCAAUCAAAUAAAGCUUAAAAAUCUCAAUUACAACCCUUACAAUUUGAAAGAUUAAUUCUAGAUAUUUAACCAUAUUCUUCAGAUUAUUAAGGAGAGCCUUACAGAAAGUUAGGCUAAAAUAGACCUUAGAGAGUAUUAUAUUUAAUUCAAAAUUUAGGGGUCUGAUGGAAAUGAGGUUGUAAAGAGUUUCUGGUCUUACACAAUAGAUGCCUCUGCUUUUUAUGAGAUAAUAAUUGAUUUCAUCAACAAUAAAAUAUAAAGAGGAGGCAAUCAAUUUUCUUUGGUCCAUCACAGAUUGUUAAAAUUAUAUGGAUUAGACUCAAACUAUUCUAAUUAAUCAUUUCAGAAUAACCUAAGAAAUAUUUCUGUCUAAAAAAUGACGGUUUCCAAAAUAAAUCCUCUUCCGAUUAGAAGGCAAUUAGAUGAAAAUGAGUUUGAAUAAAUAUAGCAUGAAGAGUAUCAUGAUGCUGACCUUACUCUAUAUGCGAUAUCAAGAGCUAGAGUUUAAUAUCUAGGGUUAAAUAUACCCAUAUUUAGAUUAAAGCAUUGUCUCUUCGAAGCAUUGAUGCUAGCUAUUCAUCAAGAUGAAUUUUAAACAGAAUCUGAUUCCUGUUUUGAUCUCACAGUAGAUGAAAGAAUGAAGCAGCAAGCGUUUUUGCUUUCUAAAGUGAUUGAAUUUAAUCAAAGUUCACACCUUUAGAAUUUGAUAAGUCUAUCUUAGUUUGGUAAAACAAUUGAGUUUAUAAAAUAUUUUAAUGAUCUCUCUAGCAAUAUUAGUCCUAAUUAUUCCAGAUAUAAAAUUACUCUCUACGACAUAAAUCAGAGAAAAUUUAUAGUUAAAGAUGAUUAAUAGCAACCUCAUAUCGAUAUUUACUUGGUACAUUAUAAUGGGUAUGUUUUUGCUACAAAUUAUCCAAAAUUGAUAGUUAUCCGUGAAAGGGAAACCUAAAUGAGCUAAAAGCAUAAAGUUAUUAACGGCUUUGAUAGCGAUAAUGAGGACUUGAUCGAAGUUAAUAAAUAAGAUAAGAUCAAUUUAUUAGACUUUAACGAUUCACCUGAGAAGUCUAACACAGGAAUUCAUUCUAUUUACGAACUUCCAUCAGAGCUUAAAGAUUUGUCUUAAUCAUACAAAAGCUAAAAAAGAGAUGAGGAUGAAAUAUCAGAUGUUGAGGUGAAGAGUGCUUAUAUUAUGAGUUCUAAUAUGCUUAAAAAUAACACAAGAAGAACUAAGCUCUCUUAAUUGGUUGUGAAGGAUGGCAGAGGUACAUCUCAAUGUGGUAUUCUUACUUACAAAGUUGAAUUUCAGAAUAAUAGUGAAUUUUCAUGUCCUAAGAGACUAUUAUGCUAUGGAAGAGUAUAUUAAGAAGGAAAAGUUAUGAUUAAAGAAUUUUAAGGCAAGAAUUGCUAUAUUAAAUUUUUACUCUGGAUCCUACAACACAUGAUUGAUUAUCAUUAAGAUUCAAGGAAGCAAUCAUAAUUCUUAAAUGUAUUUUCUUUCAAGGGGCAAGGUAAAGAAAUGAAUCUGAUCCUUAGGGGUCUCACCUAAAUAGUUGGAAGAGAUGUUCAUUUCAUUGGGGAUUUAAAUAAGCUUAAAUUGGUAUGGACUGAAAACAUAAGAUUUUAUGAUUUCGAUAAUUACUUUGAAGGUAAUUCUAUGAAAUACUAUAAGGAUAGGUGGAAUAUAAGCACCAAAAAUUUAGAAUAAUUGGAAAUUAAUACUGAUAAGAUUGCUUAAUACUGUAUUCUUACUUAUGAAAUUAUGCAGGAAUUUUUCAGAGCACUAAAAGGGGUUAAGUUUGCCAAUCAAAUUUAUGAUUUCACCCUUUAGGCCUAAGGUUCUGGAAGCAGUCUUGCUUUGUCGAUAUUUCAAUAUUAUUACCUAGACAAGUAGCAUAUUAAAGGAACUCAUGAUCUAGAAGUAUUAGAUAAGGAGAGAUCUAGUUUUAAAUCUGCCAAUUACUUUAUUAAUCAACUUAAUGAGGAUCAAUUUACACCACAUAAAAUUGAUCAUUCAUCAAACAUAUAUCGACUCUAUGAGAUAAAUGAUUCAUUAGCAUUUUGUUUUCAGGAUUAUCCUAUUCCUAUAGAAUUUUCUAAAAGAAAACCAACUAAAAUCGAAAUUUAAUUUUAAUAGGGCCAAUUUAAGCUUGAUUACAAAAAGUAGCAAUACCUCUAUGUAUUUUAGGAGAAUAUUAGAUUUAAGCUGAUGUAUACAAGCUUAUAUAAAGUUGAUAAAAUUGUUAAAAAGGAGAGAAAUUUCUUAAUACCUUAAUAGGAAAAUGAAAGGUUAAACUACGCUGAAAAAGAGAUAGAGAAUCAAUACAUAUGGGGUGUUGAAUUGAUAGAAAGCAUAGUAUGUGGAAAUAUUAAUUCAAUUAGUUAUCUUAAAAUAUCAGAGGAGAUGAUUUAUCUGCAAAGUCGAAUAUUUAACCAAUUUGUUACAGAUUUACUCUCAAAUUAUGAGAAUAAUAAAGGAAAUCCUGUUGUUAAAGAUUUGAUUUAAAUGAUACUGUCAAACUUUCAUUAUAGAUUUAGCUAGAAAUACGUAGGUUUGUACUAAAUCAUGCACAUUAAUGACUUAAGUUUAAUGAGAUAAACAAUAAUAACGAAUGAUUCUUAGAUACAAAAGAUAAUUGAAAUAGCUCAUCCGUUUUACAUGAUUGAGUAUUUUCCUGAUGGGAGUGAUCAGCUUCAAUAAAUUGGAUCUCUGAGUAGGAUAGCCUCUUAUGUGAAUGCUUGUAAUAGAGCACAUUUGAACCAAAUAUUGAUGAAAAUUUCCUCAGAUAAUAUCAUCUUUAUGGAUUCUUAAUAUCUUCUUCUAAAAAAUUAAUGGCUAUUUUAAAAUGAUCUAAAUCCUGGUUAGAACUUUACUAUUGGCAGGUACAAGGAGAUAUUCUAGAGUAAGAUUGAAUAGUAAGACAGGGAUUAACAAAUAGAUGAAGAUUAGCGAAAAUUCUAAAGUCUAUUAAAAUAUUUUAGCUAAAGAAAAAUUUUAAUUCCUGCUGAUUAAUCCAGAAACAUUUCAGUCAAUGAAUGUGUAAAUAUGAUUAUUGGCAACAUCAAUAAUGCAGAGUAAGAUAAUGAUAAUUUAGAUAAUUUGAAAGGUAGCUUCUUAUCUUUAUCUUAGGUUGACUAGAAAGACAUAAUCUAAUUAAAACAAUCCAUAAUCUAGUAAAUUAUCAAUCUAAUACCAGCUUCAGCAAAAAGCUUUGAGAAAAUAAAGGCAAUGUAGGAUUAAUAGUUGAAUCUUGAUUAGGAUUAAGAAGUUUCUCAUCUUAAUUUUUCUUUUCUAAAAGAAAAUAGGAACAGAGUAUUAUUUGAGGGUCUUCUGAGUGAUUGUCUCAAAUAUUUCGAAGAGAAUUUCAAGAAAAUUGAACCGAUUCAUGAAAUCGAUAUAAAACUUAAAGAUGAAAUCCUUGAGAACUAAUAUUUAAACGAAAAUUAAAAGAAAAAAGAAAUGAAACGAAAGGAUAGUUCCUUAUCACUGCUUUCAUAAAAUCAAUGUAUUGAAAUCCUGCAAAGUUAGUCAGAUGAGGAUUCUAAAAAUAACAUUGUGGGAUAGAAAAGAUCAGCAGCAGGUUCAUUAGUCUAAGCCUUUUUCUCACAGAUAUGA